AUGGAGAAGGAGGCCAGGCUGGCUCAGCGUGAGCAGCAGCUCCGGAGAUGGUGGGAGGAUCUGGAGCGGGAGCGCAAGGAGCUGCAGAAGGAGAAGGCCUCUUUCCAGCUCGAAGGGCAGAGCCAGACUUCCAGUUUACAGAAGAAAGUCGCAAGAUUCCCCUCCCAGUCUGGGGUCACUGAGGCCUCCAAGGAGAAGAGCCCUGCCCGUCCUCAGCAAGGGCACGUGGAGUCAGAACCGUCCAUCUCCCCAAGAAGCAAGAGUCUCCUAAGGGCCCUCAAAGAGAAAAGCCCUUUCCGUUCCCCUGGCAGAGCCAAUACGAUGGACCAGGCUGCUGAGGAACAGCCCGGAUGCCAGACUGCCUCUUCUGUUCAGCCAAAGCCAAGGGGAAGGAGAAGGAGAAGAUAA